GCCGGCCGCGCUCCCGAGAAGCUGCUGCCGCCAUUUUGUGCGCGCCUGUGUUUGCCCCCAUCCCCGCCUGGCUUUCCGGGGGAGCGGCGGCACCGGGGACGCCCCGACUGUGCUGCCGGUCAGGUGAGGCGGAGCGGAGGCGCCGGGUCGCGCCGAGGGAGCCACCGCCGGCGGCCGCCGCAGCCGUGAGGUCGCGUUGCUCGCAGGAGGAAGAAGCGGCAAGACGGAGCAGGGGGGGAAAAAACCUCCGGAGCUGCCCCCGAACAGGAGGAGGAGUCUCGGCGCCAGGCCCAGGCGCGGCACCGGCGGCAGCAUGGAGAACUCGCAGCUAUGCAAGCUGUUCAUCGGGGGGCUGAACGUGCAGACCACGGAGGCCGGGCUGCGGGAGCACUUCGCGGCCUACGGCACCCUCACCGACUGCGUGGUCGUGCUCAACCCGCAAACCAAGCGCUCCCGAUGCUUCGGCUUCGUCACCUACUCGGCGGUGGAGGAGGCGGACGCCGCCAUGGCCGCGUCCCCCCACGCGGUGGACGGGAACGCGGUGGAGUUGAAGCGGGCCGUGUCCCGGGAGGACUCGGCCAAGCCCGGCGCUCAUGCGAAGGUGAAGAAACUCUUCGUGGGCGGCCUCAAAGGGGACGUGGGCGAAGGGGACCUGGUGCAGCACUUCAGCCAGUUCGGCCCCGUGGAGAAGGCCGAGAUCAUCGCCGACAAACAGAGCGGGAAAAAGCGCGGCUUCGGUUUCGUCUACUUCCAGAACCACGACGCCGCCGAUAAGGCGGCCGUGGUCAAGUUCCACCCGAUCCAGGGCCACCGAGUGGAGGUCAAGAAGGCCGUGCCCAAGGAGGACAUCCAGGCGGGCGGGGGAGGCGGCGGCUCUUCCAGGCCCUCCCGGGGAGGCAGAGGAGGAAGGGGUCGGGGCGGCGGCGGCUCCGGUAACCGGGAUCACAACGGGCUUUCCAAAGGAGGCGGCGGCUACAACAGCUACGGCGGCUACGGCGGGGGAGGAGGCGGCGGGUACGGCUCCUAUGGCAGCGGUUCCUACGGAGGCGGAGGGGGAGGCGGCGACUACGGCAACGGGUACGGCGGGUUCGGCAGCUACAGCCAGCACCAGUCCUCCUACGGCCCCAUGAAGAGCGGCGGAGGAGGUGGAGGAGGGGGCGGCAACUGGGGGGGCCGCAGUAACAGUGGACCGUACAGAGGAGGCUAUGGUGGGGGAGGCUACGGGGGAGGCUCUUUCUGAGCUGGAGCGCCCAUACCCAUUGAGGGGGGGGCCUGGAGAGCCCUCCCUUCGAUACGGGGCAGCUUCUAAAUGGUUUCUCCCCUCAUUCGCCGUAGGGCAGCUCCUUUUAAAUGCCUCCCUGCUGUGGGAGCGGCUCCUAAAUGCCCCCUGAGGGUCGCCUCUGCUGCCUGUGCCACUUCUUUCUCUCUGAAGAUGGACUGGGCCCCACAUACACAUAUUUUGUGUUACAGUCAUUGAUGGACUCUAUUUUUUUAUUAUUACUUGGACCUUGGUCGUUUUUAUACUAGCAACGAAAAAUGUCUUGUUUUAAUUUGUUUUUUGGGAGGGUGCGGGGUGGGAAGUGUCUUGCUGAUCUGGAGUAAAAACUGGGGAGGGUUGGGGGGAAGUUCCUUUGUUGUAAGGACUCGAUGCCUGGAUACUACGUUUUUUUCUACAAAAGCUACUCGGAUCCCAUGACUGACUUUUAACAUUUCUGUAAAGGAGGAAAAAAUGGUUUUUACGUUUUUUAUUUUUUAAAUAAAUCAUUGUGUUCAUUGAC